ACAACAAUUCCGAAGAGUUUUUCAAUUCGGGUUCGGUAUUUUUUCUCAUGUGCCUACUGUGCUAUUAAGCAAUUUCACCCGCUUACAGACAGCUGUAACAUAUUAAGCACAACCGUUCGACUCAAAUGCAGUUGCUAGAACUUGAGUGCGCGGUUAUGUGCUCCCUUCUUUUCAGUUGCCAAACCAAAAAAUAAAAACGCUGAGAAGGUCAGAGAAAUGUACACAGGCGUAAAUUUGUGUGCGUGUGUGUGGGUGCGUACAUCCGUGUGCGCUCGUGUGAGUGCGCAGAAAGUUAUACAGCUGUCAUCGACUGGCGUAUUUAUCAAUAAAUGACUACUGUGAUCAGCGAAAAACUUCAGUUACUGGGUAAUUGUGACCACAACUUCUGGGCAACUGUGCCGCAGUGCCCCAAUGCUGACGAGCUGAGACGGAAAUUGGUGAAAAAGCUGUGUCAAAAUGACGUGUUUUGCGAUAGUGUUGCCACUGACAACAGCCGCAGGGCUGCCAACUCGAUGGUCAUUCUCCACUAAUUAGUUGCAAAACGAGCAAGCAAUCUCGUGUUGAUUAGUAGAUGCAAGCCUAGAGCAAACGCCGAUUUAGCCACCUAAACGGCUUGCCCCUUAAUGCAACAAACAGCAUUUGUCAACCCUGGCACGCAGCGCAGUUAGCAACACUGCUUGUUAGCCAAAAAAAAAAAAAAUGAAUAUGGAAAGAGACCAGUGCUUUUUAAAGAAAUUCAAAGUCAGUGGGCCGCAAGGGGUCGCCAAAGACUAAACAGACGCACCUGCCACCACGCACCGCCCCUUGUCGCUCGUCCACAUGACCAGAACAACAACAAAUGCUGCAAAACACUCAAUAUCCGUGCGCACACAUUUCCGUAUUCCGGUCUGUUUGCGAGCAAUCCGCAUCUCCGUGCCCAGGAACCUACGUAAUGCCGCUGGCAAAGGUUUGAGCCGGAGGAGAGCUACUGACGACAGGCCUGUCAAGUGCAGCAGGAUUCCAAACUGAUACGCAAUAGGUGGGCUCCCCUGUGCCUCAAGCCGUCUGGAAGUCGGGAGAAAUCGGUAGGAAUCGGCGGAACAGCCUGCAGAGCACUUGCAGUCGCGGUGGCAACCACACGGCGGCUGGGCAGCUGGGCUACCUAAAAACAUCGCGAAGAGAAGAAACAGUUUAUUCGAGGAAUUCGAAUGGCAUUUGUUUUUCUCCUUCGUUGCAUGCCACCAAUCGAAAGAAGAUGAACAAUGAACAAGCGCCGUCAUCAUCGGACACACCGGCGGAUCGUGUGGCAUCUGGUGGAGCAGCUGCCAAAUUGCCAACGAUCAUACCGGACACGCCCAUCGUCUCGAUUGCCGCUGGCACGAUGAGCGAGAGCACCACGACGACCACCGUCACCAAAACGACGCCGACGCCGUUCCCACAGGAGCAGCUCAUGACCAUGAUGUCAGACCAUGUGGCCAAGGCGGACGCGCAGCUUGACGAGGCCUGUAGGAACCAGGGCGCCAAAGACGAGGACAGCCAAGGAGCGUCACCAGUGGCUGCCAACCAUGUAGCCACCAGCGGCAGUAGCAGCAGCGGUAGUGACCCCAAGAAGUCAUCAUCCCCUAGUAGUAGCCAUAGCACUGGUAACCACCACGCCACGGCAGACGCCGCCAAAGGCUCUGCAGCAGAAGCAGCAGCAGGCGAUACGUCCUUCUCGCAGGUCUUUGCCAUGCUGAAGGAUUCGCCCAGCUCUGAACUGUCGCGACCAAACCGCAGGGUUCUCCAGUAUGGGGCCACUGCCAAGGGCAAGACCCAGGACGAUCAGAAUGUCGGCAAGCGACAGAAGAAGAAAAAGACAAAGUACGAUACCUGGGAAGAUAGUGAUUUUAAUGAUUUGGACGACGCAUCAUUGAAGAAACUUCUCGAAGAGGCCUACUGGUAUCGAAAUCCUGGCGAUAGGAAGAACAAGAGCGAGCGAUUUCUGCAAAUGCUAAAAAAGGCUGAGUACGACGAAGAGAUCUCUUAUCGUGCCAUCAAAUCCUGCCUCACAAUCAACCCAUCCGCACUAACGUCCAGUGCAACAGGCUCGAGCGGCGGGAGCAGCAGCAGUGCAGGGCACAACAGCAGCUAUAACUCCACCAAUAAUCGGUCAACGGAUCCCGGCCAGCGGCACAAGCAGGGCGGCUCCCUGCAGGAUCUCGUUGAGGCGGCGCACCGCAGCGAACUGGCCACAACCUCGGCAGCGGCGGCGGCAGCAGCGACAGCGGCAGCAACCCAACGUUUCAACUGUGAUUACCAGCUGAGUGGCCGCUCCAAUCGCCGGCAGCAGCAGCAGCAACAGCAGCACAACCAAAACGCCACCUCCUCCGCAUCCGCAUCCAAAAAGAUCAAGAACUUAAACGUCUCGGGCCGGCAGCGCGAAGGAGGCAGCCUGCCCAGCAGUGUUAACUUUGAGCCGGCAUCGUCUGCCAUGGAAGCCAAGCAGAAUAAACAACAGGCUCAGCCUUCGACAGAAGCUGCAGGGGGCUCGUUUUCGGGAUCGGUUGGUAACAAGCACCACCACCGCAGCAGCACCGGCAGUUGCAGCAGCCUGUUAACUCAAUCAUGCGACGCUGAGGCAAGCAAUCAGUUUGACUUGGACGUGGACGUGGACGAUGCGACGGGUGUCGGUGCCAGCGACGUCCAAGACGACAACAUCUUAGGGCAAUUGGAUCCUCAGAACCCAUCGAUGAAGUUUCUGAUUGACGCCCUAAACGACAAGCCAUUAGAGGCCAGGUACACCGGUGCCGGCAAAAAGUUCCUAAUCGACGACCGGUUGCAUUUUUCCGUCCUGGAGCUCUCUGCCAGGAGGAAGCUGCAGCAGCAGGCACAAUACCUGGCCGCCCUCACCGGACAAUUUGGUCUCGGCCUGGAGGAGGAGAAGCGCAAGGUAGAGGCCGGCUACGUGUCGCUCAACGACAACUACACGGCGUGCUCCUCAGUUUAUGGCGGCGGUGCAGGUUCACCAGCUGCCGUGGAGGGCAGCAAGCCCUCUACCUCCUCCUCGGCCGUGUCUGGCGGUGGCAACUGCGCUGGCUCCUCUGACUCACUGUCUACCGAUCUGCGGCCUGCGAAGAUUGGACGCAUGGUCCCCGCCGCAGCGGCAGUGGCAGCUGCGCCAAUGGGUGGCAAGACGACUACGCGGCAGCUAGACGAGAAUGGAAAUGCAUUGGGCGAUGGCUUCGGGGGCAGUGCAGCCAGUGGAGCCAGUGGCGCCAGUGCUGUCGCCAGCAGUAGCAACGGCAACGGUAACGGAAACCAGUUCACAGCUCUAAUAACCACCACGGUGGGAUCCAGUGUACCCACCUCUACUGUCGCUCACCGUCAGAAUAGCGUCUCCACGCUGCUCUCAACGGGAACCAACACUACAACAACGGCCAUGGCAGCGGCGGCGGUGGCUGCAUCCUACAGCCAGUUGCAACAGGCACCGGUCGGAGGCGCGGCUGGAGCGGUUUCUGGGAUCGGCAUUGGCAUGCAGCAGCCCACCAAGCAGAAGGCGAAGAAGAAGUCGCAGCAGGAGCGCAACACCACCACCGUCGAUGUGGAGUCGGUUGCCGGCUAUAGGGGCAAUGAUCCUGUUGAGCAGCUCGUCAAGUACAUUGAAAACGAUGUCAACGUUGGCGGAAACAGUGCCGCUGGACAGCGCAAGAAGGAGCGCAAGAAGCAAAACAAGCUUAAGAAGAGCAACUCGUUGGAGGAGCUGCGCACAUGCUCAAAAAUGGAGGUGGACGAUCUGAAGCGCCAGUCGGCGACCACGGAGAUGAUGCGCCAGAAAAAGGGCACGAACAAUGCGUCCUCGGGCGGACCGUCGUCGACGGCCUCUGGUUCCUCAAAUAGUGGCAAGCACAACUCGGCAUCCGUGGCGGAUAUUAACAAAAACUGCAACAAGGAGCAGCAACAGCAGUCGACGCCGACGGUGCAAGUGCGCAACAGCAACAAUCCAGGAACGCAGCAGCGGAAGGGCGAGCGUCGGUCCUGGGGCACCGAGGAGUUGCAGUACCUGGGUGACCACCAGGAAAUGUCCGCUGCCUGGUCGGAGCUGGAGACUGUGGGCCAAAAGCAGCUGCCGCUGGCGCUGCCCGCCUUGUCGCGCAUGUCCGAACUGGAUGCCUUGAAUACCGUCUUGUCGGAGACCGCUGAGUUCCAUGUGGUUACCAAGAAGAAGAAACCAAAGAAGCAGCGUGCUGUUACCAUGGACGAUGCGGCCGUGGCUGCAGCUGCCGUCACGGGCGGCAAUUUACAGCGCAUGCAGCAGAUCACCAAGUCAGCGUCCUCCAACAUUAUGUCCCAGCGGAUGCACUACUAUACUACGUACAACAGCAACAAUGGUGGAGGCAGUGUCAACUAUAAGCAACAGCAGCAACAGAGCCAACAGUACCAGGAGAACUACCAGGUGCCACAGGGGCAGCACCACCAUCACCACCACCAUCAUCACCACCAUCAUCACCAUCACAGCGGCUCGGCGGUUUCGAAUCAGGUGGAUAGCUCACGGCGCAAGUCUACGUCGUCUAUGCCGCCAUCGGAGAAAUCUGACUCCAGUGAUCUCGACUCGGUGCACUCCCUGCCCAUCCAGACGGCUAAGAAGAAGAGCCUUGGCGGUGGCAACAACAAACAACGGGGGGCGCCGGCAGCCAGUCAACGCCAGGCCAAGCAAAACAACAAUGCUGCAGCCCCCAUUUCGUAUGCGGAUAUCGCCCGGAACAAGCAGGAGGCUCUAAACAAUGCCACGGCCAGCGACACCGAGUUGGAGCUGGGCGACAAGAUGCAGAGCAAGAGUGGCGGCAAAUCCAAGUCGCGGCCCGAUUUCCCGGAGCUGCCAGGUGCUGUUACGACAGGGGCUGCAUGUGGAGGUGCAGCCAAUCAGGCGACGGUUGUCAGCAACCAAAAUACGCCACCAUCCUCGUCCAGUUCUAUCAGUUAUUCGCAGAGUCUCAAUGCAACGCCGCCCAGCAGCAGCAGCGAUGCGGAGUCCACCAACUCGCCGGAGCUGCUGGCGCAGGUGCAGAUACCGGCUUACAGCAUGGUCACGCCAACCCUAACAGCCUCCAUGAUCAGCAGUGUCAGCAGUUCUGCCGCCAGCACCUCUUCCACAUCCUGCUCACCGCCAGCUCUGCAGAAAUCCAAGAGCGUGGAGCACGACACCAGCUACAGCUGCAACAGCAGCAACUUGGAUCAACAGUAUCCGGCACUAGAAAAGACCGUCAAGCGGCAUAGCACCAACAACGUGUCUGUGGCCGUUGCAGCCUCCACCUCGGCAUUGGCGUCCUCCUCGUUGUACAACUUUGCAGCGGCAGCCAAGCAGGCAGAGAACGCCCAUUCUGUCGUAUCGCCGUCAGUAGCUGUAACAACUACCUCAACCUCAGUCGCAGCCUCAGCUCCAGCUACAGCACCAGCUACAGCUUCAGCUCCAGCUUUAGCUUCAGCUACAGCUACAGUUACAGCUCCAGCUGUAGUUACAGUUCCUUGUUAUUCCUCAUCCUCGACACACGGCUCGACUCAAACUUCAUCUUCUACUGCAUCGUCUUCUAUAGCAGCUUUACCCUCGAGCAAGGCCAAGACCAAGCCAAAGGAGCUAUCUCCCAGCAGGAGUUGCAGCAAGAAGCCAACGAAGCCUAGUCAAGGCGUGCCGUCAAUCAGUCUGUCCAUUUCCACCACGCCGAAGGCUACCACCAGCACCAGCACUACUACUACACAAAAGACCACAGCUGCCACGCAGACCGAGGGAGCCAAGAAGCUGAUCAGCGGGAUCCACAAGCUGCCCAGUAGCAGUUGCAUUGCGAAGGGAGCCGGAGCCGUUUUGGAGGCCACCGCAGCCAGGCGUGCUGUGAUCAUACUCAACGAUGAUCGCGAAGCAGGCAGAAGCAACAAUGAGUUCAUAUUCGGCGAUUUCAACGAGGAUGAGCUAAAGCUCUUCGACGACAACUUGGAUGAUGAGGAGGAGGGCCAGCACAAGCAGUCUUCAAACAAGAAACAGCAAACUGAGGCGGAAUCUGAUGUAACCCAAGAUGACACCGAAGACGUGGACCAAGAUCUGGAAAAGGAACUAGAAUGCCUGGGACGACGACCAGAGAAGAAGCAAGAGCGACAGCAGGAUGUCAGCGCCAGCAGCGAUCAGCAUCUGAAUGAUUCUGGUGCGGCUUCGGAUGCAGUCAACAGCUCAGCCAGCAUUGACAUGCUCUCAAUUUCUGCAGAGGCGGCACAAUCGUCACCUAAUGCGGGGGCAACCGCUACCUCAUCCAGCGUCGCCAGCCCCAUUAACUCGUCCACGCCCUCGGGUGCUUCGUCCGCAUCGGCGAGCACUUCCACCUCAUCGUCCUCGGUCUCGAUUUCAUCAUCGUCGGGCGGCAACGGCGCCGCUUGUCUGGCGUCCGUUUCCGGUAUGCUUGGUGGAGUGGCAAAUCAGUCGGGGGACAGCGGCAUCUAUGCUGCCGCCAACACGUCUAUUAAGGAGCACGUUAACAAUUUCCUAAGCAAGGCCAGCAGCAGCGAGGAGACGCUGCCGAGUACCAACUCCAUAUCGAUGCAACAGCUGGAAACAUGCAACGACAUCGAGGCGGCCAUCAUAGCCGCAGCCCGUGCUGCCGCUGCUGCCCGGAGCACCAGCUGCAGUCGCAGCAACUCUCAGGAGCAGGACGCCUUGCAGCCGCAGGUCAAGACCAAGGCGACUCCCAAUCCCAAUCCGGAGGCGAAAAUGGUUCUGCCUGUGUUUGUGACCUACAACAACAACGACGACGACGAAGACGAGGAGGAGGACGACGAGAGCCUGCAGGAACUGAGCUUCAUGGCCGAUCUUAAGGCGGAUGCAGCCACGGAGGAUAUUUCAAUGCAGCCGCCACCGCCACCGCCUUCAUGUCCGGCGAUGAUGACCAACACGGAACUAAUCGUCGACUACAUCGCCAAGACCUGGAAUGCCAUUUCCAACAGUAAGUACGUAAAGUACUACAACGAGCAAGAGCGGGAGCAGGAGACCUAGAAACCACACAAACAGCAAUCUCUGCAGCGUCAGCGAAAUCGAAAUCAGCAACAUCGGCGUCAAUCACAAUAGCAACGUCAGCAAUAUCGGCAGCAAUCUAACGAGAGCAUCCAACGUCGGCUGAAAUCAGGAGAGCAGAUUAGUUGGAAUAGGGUGUUCUAAAAGUUUAAACGUUUUUUUUUUUUUUUUUUGCAAAUCCAUCGUUUUUAUAUCUACCGAUAUCGUACACGCACUAUAUAUUAUUGCAAUAACGAUACGCUUUAAUGCUAAUUAAUGUAACGAGUCGAUAGGCAAACUAUUGAUUUACUUUGGCAAGCGCUGCCGUGGAUCAGGGUAGACAUCUAACCGAUGGGGUCAGCGUUGUCAAGGAGUAUCAUCAGGUGUUUGUAUUUCCAGUGUGAGUGCAUGCGAGUGCUGAGCCUAGGAGUAUAGGAUCCUGUCGGCUCGGGUUCCGGUGCCGCAUGCCCAAUAGGUUAACUAUUGAAGAAGGGAUUUAAUAGAGAAGAAGAGCGUUCAGCUGUGAAUUAGAAGGAAAUCAUAACUAAAUCAAGUGAACUUACGAAAGCUUCAAGUGAAUAUUUAUUUAACAUAAGUUGACCGAGAUUUAAACGUUUUUUUUUGUCGCCUCAAGAUGCGAUGGUCAGAUAGUGAUGUUCAAUCAAGCAUUUGGAUUUGCUUUUGUUAAUUUACAACCUUCUGGAUCCCGAAAACGCAACGUUUUACCAUUACUAUUACUAUUAUUGUACUUUAAUAAUUAUUAUACAAUUAUUCAAACGUUUUUUCGUCAUUGUUUCAUAUGCCCAAUUUUUGGGCGCAUUGUUGGAGAAAAUCCUAAUCCUAGAUAUUAGACCGAGUCAACGUCGCGUGUACAUAGUGGACCAGAAGUCGUGUGGGCAGUUCGAUCUCUGUGUUAUGGAUUAGUAGAAACAGAACAAAACGGAACAGAAUAAUAGAACAGAGCAAAACAGAAAGCCCCACGAAAGAUAUUUGAUAUGUGUGUAUGAUAACGACUAUUUAAAGUAAACUAUGUAAGGCCGCUUCUUUGCUUCGGCUAGCCAUAAAUAAGCCUCAAGAGGAGAGUAUGUUACCGAAUAACCGAAUGCAAACAGAGAACCACAAAAUACCGGCAAAAACACUAUAAUGCACUUACGAAAAAUGCCGCCGUUUAGCUGGGAGAGCCUCAGAAGGUCUCUCCGAGGGUAUAGAAGUAUAGAUAUCGUAACUAUUUAAACAAGAAUUAAUUUAAUUUAAAAGUAACAAACACGAAAAAGUUCGGUAGAAAGAGAAAUGAAUUGGAGUCGAAGGCGGAUACGGAGUAACAAACAAACAAUAAGCGUUAAGUGAACUCGUAAGUAUAAAAAGCGCAACUAAAUUGCUAUCAAUAGGAAUAUACAUUAUAUACGUGGAUCUACUAACGUAACUUUUUUUUAAAAAACGCAAACGUUAACCGUUUAAAAUGUAACGGCAGGUAGCAGUUAGGUGAACAAAAGUCGGAAUAAAAUUACGGAAAUAAAUCAUUAAUUUAAAGUAUCUAAAGUGCGAAUCGAGAAAGCCUAUUUAAAGCUAAUCAUUAAAACAUUUAGAAGUCCCAUUUGGAAUGCCCAGGGAGUGGGCAUGUCCGAAUAAACAAAACAAACAUUGCGAAAUGUUUUUAGAUAUAUGUGAAACUGUUUUGCUUCAAUUGCUGUAUAUUUUGAAAAUAAAAGUUAAGUAAUAUGCCGAAAA